AUGUCGCCAUCUACAUCCCCCGCCGCCAAGCGCAAGCGCAGCGCCUCCCACCUUCCCGCGCCCGUUCCUAAGAACGUCACAGCCGACCUCCAGCCGUCCUCACGCGACGCGUCCGGCGAAGAAGGCGGCGACGACUCAACAGGUCCCGUCAAUGCCAACGCUCACACCAAUGGUACUCGCCAUGCUUCUAAGCGUGCCCGCAAGUCUGCCGCUUCCGAUGCAAACCACGAGGUGAACGGGGCCAUCAACAAGGAAGACCCCGGCGAGCCAUCAGAGACAACUGUCGCCAGCAGCGAUAUUGAGGGUGGUCCUCGGUCGCGCCCUGGUCUACAUAUCGAUCUGCCCGAAGACGAUGAGCCUGUUACAGAGGAGCAGAUGGCACCCCCGGUCUUUGGGCGCUUGCAGGAUCCCGUUGGUUAUAAAACCAACCCUCCCCCAACGGGCCGCUCGGUACGCGUGUAUGCGGACGGUGUCUUUGAUUUGUUCCAUCUUGGUCACAUGAGACAGCUCGAACAGGCUAAGAAGGCUUUCCCAGAUACUUAUCUGAUUGUCGGUGUGACUGGCGAUGAGGAGACACACAUGCGCAAGGGUUUGACGGUGCUCAGCGGCGCUGAGCGCGCGGAGACUAUCCGUCACUGCAAGUGGGUUGACGAGGUCAUUCCCUGCUGCCCGUGGGUUGUGACACCGGAGUUCCUGUCUGAGCACCAGAUUGACUAUGUUGCUCACGAUGAUCUGCCCUACGAGGCCGCCGAGGGUGAUGACAUCUACGGACCUAUCAAGUCUCAGGGCAAGUUCCUGGUGACCCAGCGUACAGAGGGUGUCAGUACUACUGGUAUCAUCACACGUGUCGUCCGUGACUACGACCAGUACAUCUCCCGUCAAUUCAAGCGCGGCGCCUCGCGCCAAGAACUGAACGUUUCGUGGUUGAAGAAGAACGAGCUUGAGAUCAAGCGUCAUGUUGUCGAGCUGCGUGAUAACAUCCGCAACAACUGGACCAUGACCGGCCAAGAGCUCGGCCGCGAACUGCGCCAGAUCUGGCAGAACAGCCGCCCCAACAGCCCCGCUCCCAGCGGCCGCAACAGCAUGGACUGGGGAAUGCGUGGACCUCUCACCAGCCCUACAGGUGGCAGCAAGUCACACCUGUCGCGUGUGGGUGCAGACAUCCCCGGCCGCUCAGAUAGCCCCAUGGGCUCUCGCCGCAAUGAGGAUUUCGCUACUGGAUACAGUCUCGGAUUGAUCGGAGGUGUUCGUGCUUGGAUGGCCCGCAGUCGCCAAUCCCUCCAGGAUCACCCCAGCGGCAUGCAAAGUCCCACUGAUGAAGACCCCGAGUCCGAGCACAAUGGCUACGAAGAGGAGGUGCGUGGCCGUGCCGGUCACGUCUCAGCAAAGUAA